CUCCCACCUCGGGUCCGAGCCUCCCGGGGAAAGGGGCGGAGGGGCAGGGAAGGACCGGCCAGGCCCAGACCCCGCUGACCGGCGCGGAAGCCGCACCCUCCUCGCCCCAGACGCCGGCAGGGCGGAGCCACGCGCCCGAGGCCCCGGCUGAGACGCGCGGCGCGGCGCGGCGCGGCGCGGGCUCGCUGCUGAGACGUAUGGGGCUACCACAGGAGCGGCUGCGCCGCCCGCCCGGGUCAGCGUGGUGCGCAUGCGCGGACCCGGCGCCAUUUUGGUGGCCGGGCGCGGAGACGAGCAAAAAUCAAAUUAAAGUAGAUCUUGUAGAUGAGAAUUUCACAGAAUUAAGAGGAGAAAUAGCAGGACCUCCAGACACACCAUAUGAAGGUGGAAGAUAUCAACUAGAGAUAAAAAUACCAGAAACAUACCCAUUUAAUCCCCCUAAGGUCCGGUUUAUCACUAAAAUAUGGCACCCUAAUAUUAGUUCCGUCACAGGCGCUAUUUGUUUGGAUAUCCUGAAAGAUCAAUGGGCGGCAGCAAUGACUCUACGCACGGUAUUAUUGUCAUUGCAAGCACUGUUGGCAGCUGCAGAACCAGAUGACCCCCAAGACGCAGUAGUAGCAAAUCAGUACAAACAAAAUCCUGAAAUGUUCAAGCAGACAGCUCGACUUUGGGCACAUGUGUAUGCUGGAGCACCAGUUUCUAGUCCAGAAUACACCAAAAAAAUAGAAAACCUGUGUGCUAUGGGCUUUGAUAGGAAUGCAGUAAUAGUGGCCUUGUCUUCAAAAUCAUGGGAUGUAGAGACUGCAACAGAACUGCUUCUGAGUAACUGAGGCCUGGGAGCUGCCGCCAGCCAAGCUCGCCUCUUCUUGAGGAACACCAACAUCUGUUAUUUUUAGGAUUCUGCAUAAAUUUCUUUUAAACUGGCAUUCUUGCCUAAUGAUGUUAUCUAGGCACCAUUGGAGACUGCAAAAAAAAAAAAUCCCUGCUCUGUAAAUAAAGCUAAUUAAACGUCUGUGUAAAUUUAAAAAGGGGAAAUACUUUAAUUUUUUCUUAAUAGUGUAAAAAUUCUUUGAGCUAAGCUAAAACCAUGGAGAAAACAUGCUACGUUAGUGUUUAGCAGUGUAACAAGACUAGCGAGUUUGCUUCAGGGUUCUGUUGAAUAACUAGGAUUAACACUGAGUGUCGCCCGCUCACACUGUCCUGUUGCAUCACAGCUACCUUAAGCGUUUGAACUUGGAUCCUCUGUGCCUGUGAAUUUACUUGCAUGCUUGUACUUGACUUCUUAGGAUGGGUAGCUGAAAAGACCACCCUUUUAAGUGUUAGGAGAUUCUUGAAUUUUGAGAUUUGUUCAGAUUUAAAGAUGAACUAAUCAGAGAUUUUUGGUCCCUGUGGAUAGGUAGGGACACUCUUAUUUUUUCCCUGUUACCAUCCAGAGCUAGGAUUCUCAUGGUGAAUUUCUCUGUGUUUGGUGGGAAACGUGCUGAGUAAGGGUCCCUUGUUCCAUUUUAGGUCAUAGGUUUGCAAUGUUUUGUCCGAGUUCUUCACUAUGUAAGUAAUAAUGUGAAAAGGGGGCUGCCGAUUCUGUUUCCCUUACAAAAGAAGUAAGCACUGAUGCUGCAGUAUUCCCAGAUUUAAUGAAAGGACCUUACUUAGUUUGUCAGUGAAAUUGAUGAAAUCUUUGGAAACUUGAAGGACGCAGGCAGCUGUUUUCAGUAGUGUCCAGUUUAACUGGAACUUUAUAAUUUGCUUUUACCCUUAUGCACCCUUAUGCACUCCCAUGUUGACACAUAAAAGCUGUACAUACUUCAGAUGCACAUAGGAAUAGGGAUGUGUUAUAAAUCUAGCUUUCUUUAUGAUGUUUCUAAUAAUGUGAGAAUUGAAACUUUCCCUUCUCUUGUACAUAGACUUCCUGUUCUUACUGACCGUCACAUCUCAUUCUAAGUUCCAAAGUUUGAAAACUCUUUGUUUUGAAAACUCAAACACAUAAUUUAACCAUCUUAAUAAGGUUCAUGUGAAUUUAUGUAGGCAGUUAUUACAUAGGAGGUAUAAUUAUGAAUUUUGAGGACCAAUGCAUAAAUAACAGAAAUGUAAUGGGAUCAGACUGAAUUAAAGUAAGGCUCUCUAUUGAAAGUCAUAUUCUAAAAGGUUUGUUUUCUUGAAGUGUUCUUCAUCUUAUAGUCAUAAAAUGUUUGGAAAGUACUUUUUGAACCUAUUAACUCAACAUAACUUCAUUUAACUUUUCAAUAAUCUUGAUACUACAAGCAAUAAAAGAACCAUUAGAUAUCUAACAUUAAAGAUGUGAAGGUUCUUCCAGCGGUGUGUAAGGCUUUCACAGUGCACAGCGACUCUUAGUGUUGCUGUUCCUGCACACUAAACUCAAGCUGCUAUGUUGUUCUCCAUGUUUGCGGUCCUGUUGCAGCCACAUCCUUUUAUUGCUGUAGUUUAUUUUCUAAAGAUGCCAAAGGAAACAAGUUUUGCUUUAUUUAUUUUAAAUAGCUAAAACCUUUGUACUUUUCUUUAUAUUCUGAGAUUAGAUGGGAUUGUAUGAAGUCAUGGGCAGUUGAGCUCCAUUAUUGACUAGAUUUUUUUUUUAGUGGAGGUGGCUUGGUAACACUAAUAUUUGGAUAUUUAAAAUACUCUUGGGGUUUACCCUUUGCCUGUAUUGUCAGGGAAUAUUGUCUGUUUAGACACAGAUGAGAAAUAACUCAGAUGACUAGAGUCAAGCAUUACCCAGUUUGCUCUUGGAGGCUUUUUUUUUUUUUUUUUUUUGGUCGAGUGUCUUCCCCCUACCCCAUACAGGCCUCAGACUGUUCCUAUAUGUACUAAACACUGAAGUGUCCCCAGCACCCAGGGAAUUUGAGAAGUAUAGUGUGUGGUUUCACAGAUUUCCAUGAUGAGGCCUCUGUAUAACUUAAUUUUUAGCUGGGGGCGGCGGCAAAGCAAAUUCUCCUGUGAUCCCAACUCUUGGGUACCAGAACCAUGAGUUCAAGGCUGUAUGGGUUGCAUACGUAAAACUGCUUGAGAUUUCUCAUUUUCAUUUAAGUCCUCUUUUUCAAAAACUUUCCCCCCCAACUGCUGGUAGGUUUAGUUAACCAAAAACAAAAAAGCUUCAAUUUUUUUUUUAAAUUCUGGUAUGAAAUACAUUUAAAAAUUCAGGCCUAGUAAAAAGUACCCUGAUGGAAAUUAUUUUUCUAAUUUUGCAUUUGAGAAUUUGACAGUUUAAGAAGUCCUAAAAAAUUAACUAUUUAUGUCUGGGUGUGGUGGCACAUGCUUUGUGCCCUAGACUUCUUGAGAGGCAGAGGCAUGCAGAUUUGUGACUUCAAGCCCAUCCUGGUCUACAUAGCAAGUUCCAUGCCAGCCAAGGCUCCACAGACCUCGUGGGAGCAUCCGCCUUCCCAGUAAUUUUUGUGAGAUCUCAUUUAGCGCAUGCAGAAUUACGACAACUCAUGGAUCCUCUAAUAAGCUUUUAAAUAAUCCAGUCGUUUUUUCUGAGCCUCUGCCUGACUGUUAGUAGGAAACUUGGUUGUCAGCAUGUUGGAAUUGAUCACAGAAAGGUUUGACUCCAAAUAUAGAAUGUAGACAUGUAAGGCCCGCUGAUACUAACCAGUGCCCCAAGUUUGUGUGGUUUACUUAAAACACGUCACCUUCAAAAAUCUGUAAAUGUUUGGAAUCUUGAGCAGUUGCUUUUGAGAAGUAUAACCGAUAAAAUGAGAUUAAAGCACUUGUUUUUGAAAUUUUUUAUAUUCCUGAUUGGUGGCAUUUAACACUAUGCAAAAAUCUAUCUAUCUGCAGGAAGGAACUGCCAUCAGGCUUUGCUCGUUAUGCACUACAAAUGCAGCCCAUUAUUUUACUGGUUAGGCUGAUGAAAAUGUGAAAAGCAGAGCUUGACUGUAACUGUAUCAGGAUAGCAAGUAAGACGUUCUUGAAAUCCAGUGUAGCAACACCAGAAAUGAAGUUUGGUGGUAUGAGAAUUUAAGAUGAAUUCGGGCAGAGAAUAGUAGAGUCUGGUAUAUUGUAUACAUAGAUGGAACCAGUGUUUAGAUAGGAAAAAGGAAAAGGAAGGUGUCUGUUUACAGAUUAUUUUAUGGACUUUGACAAAAUGAUUCUGUAUUAAUCACUUUUUCUAGUUCCAAGGAGUUGACGUUUAAGAGCUGCAUUUCCAUCCUUCAGUCCCUGUUGAAGUAAAUGCAUACAUACCCAUCAGCCUGUUGGUGUCACCACUGUUGCGUAGCCUUUUCUCAAGCACGACUUCCAGUGUCUGCACAUACUAUGACACUGUUUGCACUGUUGAAAUGCACAGUACAAAUCCACUGCGUCAGGUAGGGGAAUGAUGGUGUCUCCCUUGCCUGUCAUGUUCUGUUACUGCUUUCUUAUACUGCUAGGACCUCAGAAGCCUGCAAUCACCACUGCAAGGUGUCAUGAUUGUGUCACCUUUGGCUGGGUUGGUCCACCACGCUGCUGUCUGAUCAGGGGUGGCACAGGUUUGUUUGGUUCAGAGGCAAGGGGAUCCAGUCCUUGACCGUGCUGUUACUCUGAUCAUGUCUGCUUUCUGUCACCUACUUUUUACAGGCAUCAUAAUAAAAGCUAGACAAUUUCUUUGGGAGAAAGAGAAUUAUUUAAUGUAAUUUAAAGACUUUUCCAAUAGAAAAUGAAAUAUUGAAAAUAUCUAUUUUUUAGCUUUCAGCAAUUGAUGGUGCUUUGUUGUGGUGUGUGCUGCUGGAAGUUACUGCCAUUAUAGGGAUUUUCAUUAACCUCACUGGAAAAGAACCUUGCUUGUUAGCUUCUUUAGAUCUCUAUAAACAGUUUGUUAGUGAUGGUAAAUUCUGUAGGAGGGUCUAUUCUGAGCCAUUAACUUCCUGUAAGGGGAAAAUGGGUUGGUUACCAGAAACACCAUUGAAGCAGGGUGGGCUAUGGGUGGAGGGUUGGGUGUUUGUCUUGAGAAUUAAAAACUACGAAACACUUUUGUAUACAACUGAAUUUUUAAAAAAAAUAAACACAUUUUUAAAGA